AUGCUGACACCAAUCCGUACAUGCUCUGGCUCGGCUGCCAUCCUCUAUGGUCUGGUUCUAACGUUGUUGUGUCUGUCGUUUGGAUGGGCUCAGGAAGAAAGACUGUUGCAGGCUGCCAUUGACCGGAAAUCGGGAGGAGCCACCAUUUCUGUGGAGCAAGAACCAUGGUUGAAUAUACAGCCACAAGGCAUGGCGGUACAAGGAUGGGGCCACUUGCGGUUGAUACAGAGGACAGUUACUCCCAAGAUGGAACAUCCACUCUUUGGAACCUACACGCAGUAUCGAUUUGUCUGGCAACAGCCCAAAGAAGAAGAACAGAACAUGGAAACCAGCUACCUUGUCUUUGAAGAACGAGACAUGAUCAUCUUUGAUCAGCACUUUACCAAGGGGUGGAAGAAUCCAGGCAACACCAACAAUGAGAUUGUCGCUGGUUUUCCAGCCAUAUCGACUAGUCUUGCCAAGAAAGACCUUGGAUAUCUCGUUUGGGGGGGUUGCUUCCUGUGGUCUGCGCUUCACGGGGAUUGGAAGGAUCUUAAAGAAAAGGACUUUGCCGGCCUCUUUGAUGGUCAUGUCCAUGGCCAGCCUUGGGUCUUGCACUCGUCCAAUAAAACGCUAGUUUGGAGCAGCAUCAACAGUUUCUUUGUCAGUGGAUUUGCCUAUGCAAAUGCCACCACUGCUAGGACUGGUGUUGGCGGUGCUGGUGUCAUCCAGGCUGGUCUACGGACUUCUCUGGACGGCAUUCCUCAAAAUCACCAUUAUUCCUCCGUUUUGGUGGCGGGAGGAAAGGGAAUCAAUGCCACCUUGAUGAAAUGGGGAGAUGCUCUGCUGGCAUUGGGAAACAAGACAAGGAAUCAUGUGUAUGACGAUUUCAUUCUGGCUCAUGCGGGAUACUUCACCGACAAUGGUGCCUAUCAUUAUAGGGGAGCUCAUCAACCAGAAUAUGCCAACAUGGAAGAAGCUCUCUUGGGUGUCAAGAAUGGAUUCCGUCAACAGGGGAUUCCUAUUCGCUACAUUCAGUGGGACGACUGGUGGAUGGAAAGCAAGGGAGAUUUACCCGGAAUGCUCUCCUGGACCCCCAAGAAAGACGUCUUUCCUUCAGGAUUUACCAAUUGGCUCGACAUGCCCCUGUCCAUGUAUGCUCCCGGAUACAGUGGAGAAAAUAUUUGGAUCGAUCAGUACAAAUGGAAGACGGUCAAGACGGGUCAUGGCGACAUGUCUAUUCCAUUGGAUCCAAAGUUCUACCUAGAUUUGUUUCAAAACGGAACCAAAAUUGGAAUGAAACUGUUUGAACAAGACUUUUUGUGCUCCCAAGGAAUUGGUAGAACCAAUCUCACCCGAACAGACGUCGACUCGGGGAGGAUGUGGUUGAGUCAAAUGAACGAUGCGGCUCUUGCCUAUAACGUGACGCUCCAACUCUGCAUGCCGGAUAGCUAUCAUCUCCUGCAAUCCACUACACUACAGAGCGUCACCAAUGCGCGUGCAACCUACGACAAUACGCGCAACGCCCCCAGUAUUCUGGCCAUGGGCCCCAAUUCGCUCUUGUUUCAUGCACUGGGAUUGUUUGCGUCGCGGGACAACAUCUGGACUUCGGGUCCCACUGUGAACCAAACUGGUUGUGGCAACUCGGACUUUUGUUACGAGCCGAAUGCACAUCUCGACAAUGCCGUGACUGUUCUAUCCAAUGGUCCCUAUGGCAUUGGAGAUUCCGUGGAUCACGUGAACAAAACCAUUGUCAUGUAUGCCUGCCGAAAAGACGGUUGGAUGUUGCGGCCUCGUUGGCCUCUGGCUUCGAUGGACUUUACCUACACGGAUGCUGACGCCAAAACAGCCAAGGUAUGGGCCGCCCAUGACGACUUUGGGCAAUCCUAUCGCUGGUCGUACAUCAUUGGCGUCAAGCUGUUGCACGCCGUGGCCAUUACACCCAAGAGACUCAUCCAAGGAGCAUUCGAAUCGUUUCCUUCCCAAAUGGUGGCGUGGAAAGUUGUGCCCGAUGGUGCACCUCCGACGGAAGUACACUUGUUUUCCGAGGAUGCGCCGUUUUUCCUUCCCAAAUCCGAGCCAUUGAACCUUCCCUACGACGUUACGACUCCGCCGCAUACUCACUAUGCCGUGGCUCCCGUACUGUCCAAUAACAUGGUGAUCCUUGGCGAAGUGGGCAAGUGGGCUUCCAUGUCAUUUGGGAGGUUCUCUCUGUUUCAUGUCAAGGGUACGGUGGAAGCUAUGGUGAUUGGUUCGCCAGGUGAAACUUUCACGAUUGCCUACAUGUUGAACGUCAAAGAUUCUGUCCGCACAAAGGUCUACCAGUUCCCCGAUUCCUGCAGCUAUGUGGAUCAGCAUCGCAAUCGCGUCUGCGAAGCCAUUCUGCAAUGCGCUCCGGACUACGGGUGCAUUUUCGUUCACGCCGAGGCGGAUACAGAUUCGUUUCAAAAGGCACAUUGA